AUGGCUCCUUCUCCCCUCACUGUCAAGGAGCAAGAAGAGCACCCCCUGGACCUAACACCACCACCCACUCCAGAUUUCCCCACUAGUAUCUCAGGAUUUUUUUCUCCAUCGGUACCCAAGGUUCUUGGUCACGCUGCUUCGAAGAAUGAAGAGGUAGACCAGAUAGAAUGGGUUCCUAGCGCUGGCCGAUCACUCCUCGACGGGGGCUUCAGGUCCCUGUUUGGGUGCCACUUGUCGACCUCUGAGACUUGGGGACUUGGGACGGUGAAGGAACUGAGAAAAAGAGACGACAGUAUAGCGAGGCACAGUGGACCCGGAGCAAUCAGCCCAAGGGUAGGCGCCGAUAUACUAAGAGUGGUGUCCCCCAAGGCCGCGGGGCCGACCCCUGACUCCGGAGACCCCGAGCCCUCCAGUCCCGUCCCGCUCCGGGCAGCGGGCGCUCAGGACCUCCCGGCCCAGGAGGACGACGCGGGCGGGGCGCCGCGCUGCGGACAGACGCCCGGCGCAAAGCGGGGCGAGCGGGCUCGGCUCGGAGCGCGGACCGAGGCAAGGAGCCCAGGCAGGGAGAGGGCCGAGGGGCAGAAGAGUGGUUCCGUCCAGCUCGGCCACGUGACCUCCACCCCGCCCGCCACUCAGACUGCGGGGCGGUGCAGACAGGAAAAUCGACCAAUCAGAGGCGCCGCGGCCAGGGGCAAUGUCGAAUCCGGAGCCGCGGGAGAGGGCGUGCCCGGAGCACAGUCCAAUCAGCACUGUCCAAUCGCGCCCGCGUGGGACGUCGCUCCCCGCGCGCCGCGGGCUCCUGCGCAGCCGCCCCGCGCGGCCCCAGGUGGCCGGUGCACGCCGUUCUGCCUCGUCCGAGCCGCCGAGGCGCGGGCGGGGCGCCUGGGAGCCCGGCGAGGAUCAGGGGCAGCACUUGAAGUUCAAGGACAGAGAGUGAGUCGGGAUCGCAUCGACUGUGUGGGUGAAUUCGAGGUGGGAGUCACAUCCUUCCCGAAUUGCGCUUUCCGGUCCACGGACGUGGACUCAGUGGUUUUUGAGGAUGUGGUUGUGGACUUCACCCCGGAGGAGUGGGCUUUGCUGGAUCGUGGUCAGAGGAGGCUCUACAGAGAUGUGAUGCUGGAGACCUGCAGGAACCUGGCCUCACUGGGUGAAAACUGGAAAUGCCCUGGCAUUGAACAUCAGCACAAGAACAAGGGGACAUGUAUGAGGUGUCAUGCGGUGGAGAUGCCCUCAGAAAAUAAUGGAAGUAAUCAAUGUGGAGAAACCAAUCAGAUUUCAAAUUUUAUUGUGCAUAAGAGACUUUCUACUGGAGUAAAAUCCUGUGAAUACAUUAAGUUUGAAAAAGCCAUCAUGGAUACUACAUCCCUAAAGAGUCCCAUAACAUCAUCUCAACAUGGACAGAAACCCCAUCAAUGUAAGGAAUGUGGGAGAACUUUUAUUUGUUACUCAUCAUUUAGGGCACACAUAAGAGCUCACACUGAAGAGAAACCCUAUACAUGUAAAGAAUGUGGAAAAGCCUUUAUAUACUUCUCCAAACUUAGGGUCCAUAUAAGAAUCCACACUGGAGAGAAGCCUUAUGAAUGUGAAAAGUGUGGGAAAACCUUCAGAUCUCCCUCAAACCUCUGGACACAUAGGGAGACUCAUACUGUUGAGAAACUCUAUGCCUGUAGAGAAUGUGAGAAAUCCUUCUCUUCUCCCUCGUCUCUUAGAAAACAUGCGAAGGUUCACAGUGCAGAGAAAGCCUAUGAAUGUAAGGAAUGUGGGAAAGCCUUUCUUCAUUCUUUUUACUUGAUCAUACAUGCAAGAAUGCACACUGGAGAGAAAGCGUAUAAAUGUGUGGAAUGUGGGAAGGCCUACAGUUGGCCCUCUGACCUUAGGAUUCACAUGAGAACACACUCUGGAGAAAAGCCUUAUGAAUGUAAACAGUGCCAGAAAUCCUUCAGUUCCCCCUCAUCCUUUAAGGGACAUUUGCGAACUCACACAGGAGAAAAACCGUAUGCAUGUAAUGAAUGUGGGAAAGCCUUCAGUAGUCUCUCAUACUUUAGAACACAUGUGAGAAUCCACACUGGAGAGAAACCCUAUAUAUGUAAGCAAUGUGGGAAGGCUUUCAGUUGGUCGUCAUCAUUUCGAGGACAUUUGAGAACUCAUAGUAGAGAGAAACCCUGUAAGUGUAAGGAAUGUGGUAAAGUCUUCAGUAGACUCUCAUCCCUACAAAGACAUAUGAGAAAUCACAGUGGGGAGAAACUCUAAAUGUAAGCAGUGUGGGAAAGACUUCUGUAGUCCCCUAUCCUUAAAAAAAAGACAGGAACUCCCACAGGAGGGAAACCCUAUGUCAGUAAAUGUGGCAAAACCAUGUAAAUUAACAUCACUUACUGUGUACAAAAAAUUGCAUACUAUUAGACAAUUUUUAUAAGCAUCUUAUAUUGUUGGCUUUAUUAGUGCCUUAUUCUUAAAGUAGGCUCCUAUCACAUUAUUUACAAUUUUUUUUUAAGAUUUUAUUUAUUUGACAGAGAGCACAAGAAGGGGGAGCAGGAGAGGGAGAAGCAGGCUCCCCACUGAGCAGGGAGCCUGAUGCGGGACUUGAUCCCAGCACCCUGGGAUCAUGAUCUGAGCUGAAGGCAGACACUUAACCAACUGAGCCACCCAGGUGCCCCACAUUAUUUACAAUUUUUCUGAGAAAUACAUUUAGGAGAUAAAUAUUCCUUUAAGUAUUACUUUGCCAAGGCAGCCCCAACAAAUUGCCACAAAGUUGAUAAACAGAAAUUUAUUCUCUUCCAGAUCUGGAGGCUAGAAGUUGGAAAUCAAGGUGUCAUUAAGAUUGGUUCCUUCUGGGGCUCCUGGGUGGCUAAGCUGGUUAAGCGUCUGACUCUUGAUUU